CAACUCAAGAAUAGUCUGUAAGUUCUCUAAAUCUCACGUAUUGUUUGAGAACUUCAACAAAUAGAGCCGCGAUAAUGGCGUCCGUGCAAGAAGCAUCAGCAACCUCAAUAGCUUUGACAAAUCAGAAUGACAAUUUAUGGAAAGAAGCAUAUGAAAAGUUUAAGCACGAAGAUUCAGAUCUAUACGAAAGAUUGCAGUCGAUCAUAGAAAAGGAUUCCAAUGUCAAAAACAAUGUGGGACAAGAACAAGAGCUUGGCGACUUACUUUUUAGAAAGCGUCGUAUAAUGGAGGACAAGCAAUGGGUAUUAUAUUGGCGCAAGAAAGCAAUCAAAAUUGGACCACAGUUUGAUAAGAUUGUCAAAGUUUUCAAGUUGAUCAAGCCAAUUGGAGACGCAGCCGCUGGACUUGACCCCGUUCAUGCGGGAAUUCCAUGGGCCUGUGUGUCGGUUUUAUUACCGCUCAUUUUGAAUCAUUCCGAAGAACAGGAGGCGGCAUUAAAUGGGCUACAAAAAGUUGUAGAGAUCGUCCAACGAUUUACGUCCUUCAACUGGGACUAUCUCAAUCUCUCACAAGACAAAUCGGAGAAGCAAUUGAAGGAAUCAAUCUUGACUCUGUACUGGAAGAUACUUCGGUAUGAGGCGACCGCAAUCUAUAAUUUCAACAGACACACAAUUGCAAGAUACGCUGCAUCGAUUGUCAGGAAAGAUGAGUGGAAAAAGUUGCUCAGCGAGGUCGAAGAUUACAGGGACAGUUUUAUGAGCAAUCUACAACUAAAUGACUCACAAAACCAAAAGCGAUUCGAAAACGAACUAAGAGAGCUGAUUUUGCAGCUAGACAGAACCGAUGAAAAAAAUCUUGAAGUCAUUCAAUGGGUAUCUGAUAAAUCAUACAUUCCACAGCAUUACACUGCUCGACAAUUACUUUCGCAGUACCCACAUGCUGGAGAAUGGAUUAUCGAGAAAUAUACCAAAUGGCUGCAUCGAAAUGAAGCGCCUGCUUUUUGGCUACGAGGGACUAUUGGAACUGGAAAGACGUCAAUCAUGUCUACCAUCAUUGAAUCGUUCUAUUCUGAUGUAGCCAGGCAAGAUGAUCAGCGCAUGAUUUAUUUCUAUUGCAUCUCACCAACAACAUCAGAUGAUGUUAUUCGAAGUCUGGUGUCCCAGCUGGCGUGGACUUUAGAUGGCAACGCAAUAGAAGCUAGAAUCGUUGCCAUGUUUGAUGAUGCAAAACCACCUAACCCUACUAUACCGACAACCGACGAAUGGUCGGCCGCGCUUCUAAAAUUGUGUCAACGAGUCAGUAAAGUCAUCAUCGUCAUAGAUGCCCUUGACGAAUGCGUUGAUUUCGGCAAGCUUCUAGCAAUAUUGAGAAAGCUUCAGGUCAAGCAGCUUGAUGGUAUCAAGUUUGUAUUUUCAAGUCGAUUGAAUGUAGAUGUGGACAAGGUUUUCACUGCAUCAGAGGGUGUUAUUUUGACCACCGAAGAUACAUUGAAGGAUAUGUCUGAGUACAUUGAGAACGAAGUAAAAUUUAAAGAGGAAGAUAUUGAUUCUAAUGACGAGGAAACCAAGCGACAACUCAUGGAUCGGAUAGUGCGAGUUCUAUCAAAUUUUGCAGGUGGAAUGUUUAAAUGGGUCACCUUGCAACUUGCAAUAAUGUUUCCGAUCGAAACUCAAACAUUUUUGCCCGAAAAUAUUGAGAUCCAGCUGUUGGAUAUCGAAAAUCGGAACAGUUCCUUGGAGCAAUCCUUGAAUGGUGCAUAUGAAACGGUGUAUUUGAUGAACACCAAGCCAGGAGCUUAUAAUACUAGUGUCUUCAAGUCAGUUUGUCAAUGGCUAUUGUGCUGCAAAACUGCACUGCCCGCAGAAGAUGUCCUCAAAGUUAUUGAACUGUCGCUUGAUCAUGAUUCUAAACUUCAGAGAAUAACGCGAAGUCCUUUGAGCACAAAAGUUGUCUUGCAUUGCUGUAGUAACUUUGUUAUUCAAAGUUCGGAAGGCAAUUUUCGUUUCGCUCACUUAUCGGUCGAGGAGUAUCUUAUCAAUCAUUGCGCUGUGAAAUCCGAGUUCCUAUAUGAAGAAUGUCAUCUUUUCGUGAUGAAGAUCUGCCUAGCUUUCAUGGAGCAAGAAAGGAUUAAUUCAGUUACAAAACUAUGGCUCAAGCAAAGUUCAGAGGCUACCCUGAGAGACCAGAUAGGGAGCCUGGGGCCGGAGAUUCUUACCUUUCAAACAUAUUCCAUCUCUUAUUGGGCAUAUCACGCCAAAAAAUCCAUACCGGAAAGAAGAUCCAGAGAAGCUCUCUACAAACGUUUUUGUCUUGGUGCCAAGCUGAGCCCCUCAUUACAGUGGUGGUUCUCUCAAAUCGACGCCGAUAACUACUCAGGAAGCAUGACGAACCAGAUCGCAGAGAUCGCAAACGAAGUGAUGGCCAAUCUUCCAAGACCAGAUCAACGUCCAUCCAAGAGUCGUCUUAUAAUGCUAGGAGUAGCCUUCAAUCUUCCUGAGAUUUUGGAGAACGGGCUCAACAAUUAUAAGAAAGAAGUCGAUGCGCGAUUACGUACUGGUCUUACCCCAUUUCUUGUGGCGAUUAGGAAUGGCAGCCCUGAUUCAGUGAAGUAUCUCCUAGACCACGGAGCUAAUCCUACUCAAAUAUCCGUCGCUCAUAGACAAUGGACAAAGUAUGACAUUAUGGGCAUGCCAGAGGCUGAUGAAGAUAUGGUGUAUUGGGUGACUGGCAUGGGUGGCAGCCCACAACAACUUGAAGGCCGUUUGGAGGUAGAAAAUGUCCUUCUAAAUCACGAGAAGAGUCGAAAUCAUUUUCUUAAUCAACUCGACAGACAUUUGAGAACGGAUACUCAUCCUGAUCCAUCGCGAGCUUUGAAUGUUCUUUAUAGAGUUUCCAACGAGGUACCAGUAUCUGCAAAGAUUUUCAAGUACAGAAUCAAAACCAGAGGUCUGGGUGAGCUGGGUCAAGUUCUUGACCUUAUGGACGUAGAGACUUUUGACGAAGAAAUGGUAGCGGAAGUUAUUCGUCAUGAUUCUUGUGAAACCGUCAAGAACGUGUUUGAAUUUAAAGAGAUCAGCUCGAUCACCGAGCAAAUUGUCAGGAAGGCCAUUGAGAACCUUGACUCUAGGACUCUCGCAUAUCUUAUGAAGCAAUUCGGUCAUGAUGCCCUAACACGAGAGAUAGUGAUUGGUGCAAAGCCUCAUUCUCACGAGGUUUGGAAAGUAAUACUUGAUGUUAAGGGGAUUCAGUUCAUCAACCAGGAGGUUCUUGGCUCGCUGUUCGACACUUGGGCAGAGCCCGAAGCUGUCACCCUUGUUUUGGAUUCUUGUGGCACUGAUAUGGUCGGAAGUUCCCAUAUUGAAACUAUAGCCGGUUCAUCAUAUUCCGAUGCUCCUGAGAUAUUGAAUAUUAUUCUUCGCAUAAGAGGAUCUUUGGAUGGUUUGAUCACAGAGAAAGCAGUUUUUGAAGCUCUUCAGGGAGGACGUCCCAAAAUGGCAGCAGUUUUGCUAGAGAAUUCAGAGGACCCUCCAUCGUUGUUGACUGAACGGGUCAAAGAAAUGGUUGCUAAGUAUGGUGGAAAUGCUGGGAUGCUGGUUCUUGAAAAGUUUGCCAACACUCGUGAUUAAUGAUUCCGGCUGGAUGUUUUGCAAAUUCUACAAUUUGAAGCUGUGAAGAGAAAUAAAACGGACUAAUUUGUUGGGAAAUUUAUUUAUGGAAGGGUUUUAGGUGAAUUGAAGUUUCACACGACAACAGUCAAUGUUCUAGCCCUCAAGCAGGAGGUCCAAAGAGUCUAGACUAUAGUCCAACGGUCCAAAAUUUUGGAACUCUUAAACCCUUUGAAAUGCUGAGAUUGUUCUAGACAUUGAGUUAGCUUUGGUUAUUGAAUUCUCUUGAAACAAUGAAAUUACAGGAUUGACAAUGAUAUUCUUAAAAUCUCAAAGUUAACCUCUUAGAUUGAACUACCCUCCAGACUACUGGAAGCUCUUUUCACAAAUUCCUGUGUAUUAAUGAC